AGCCUCCCCUCUAUAAAAUUCUCAGCCUCUCCCCAGUGCUCACAUCCACCUCUCUACUAGUACUGUCAGACUUUCUCCCCUCUCAGUGCCACAGACGCUGCUGAGUAGCCAUCCCACAGAGGGCUGGUGACCGUAGAGAGGACCCCCUGGAAUCUACACCUGACUGUCCAUCUCCAUGCAGUAGGAACCAGAAAUGGCCGCCAACGACAGUAUUCUUAGCCCAGCAUAUCUUGCUGUUGAGUACAUUGACUCUCUACUACCAGAGAACCCUCUGCAAGGGCCCUUUAAAAAUGCCUGGACCUACAUGCUAGACAAUUACACGAAGUUCCAGAUUGCAACCUGGGGGUCCCUCAUCGUCCAUGAGCUGAUCUACUUCCUCUUCUGUUUACCCGGUUUCCUAUUUCAGUUCAUACCUUUCAUGCAACGGUUCAAAAUCCAACAGGAUAGACCAGAAACAUGGGAGGACCAAUGGAGGUGCUUUAAGAUGCUCCUUUUCAAUCAUUUCUGCAUUCAGCUUCCUUUGUUCUGUGGAGCGUUCUACUACUUCACUGAGUUUUUAAACAUUCCUUAUGACUGGGAUAGUAUGCCUAGAUGGUAUAUAUUGAUUGCUCAGUGUUUCGGCUGCGCGGUCAUAGAAGACACCUGCCACUACUUCCUUCAUCGUCUCCUGCACCAUAAGAGUAUAUACAAAUAUAUCCACAAAGUACAUCACGAGUUUUCUUCUCCAUGCGGGAUGCAGGCUGAGUAUAAUCAUCCCCUCGAAAUCUUCAUCUUUGGAGCAGGAUUUCUCGUUGGCAUCAUGGUCUUUUGCAACCACUUCAUUCUCCUGUGGACUUGGGUUAUAGUUCGAAUAAAGGAAACGAUAGAUGUUCACAGUGGUUACGACCUUCCUUUAAAUCCGCUGCACCUCAUACCCUUCUAUGCCGGGGCACGUUUCCACGAUUUCCAUCACAUGAACUUCGAAGGUAACUAUGCCUCAAUGUUUACAUGGUGGGACAGACUCUUCAACACCAAUUCUCAGUACAACAGCCACAGAGGGAAAGUGAAGAUACAGGAGGAAAAGAAGACAAAAUAAACUGUGUCAUAAAAAACGCUGCUUAAUUUUCCAUCAUAUGGAUCGUGAAUUGCUUUUAAUAAAUCCUAAAUUCUAUCGCG